UUGAAUGCUAAUAUCAUCGCUUGGGCUCACGGUGCGCCGGGAGCAGGAACGGAACGAAUGGCUUCUUCUUCCCCACUCUUAUUCCUUACUCCGCCUCUUCAUAUUUCCAUUAGCCUUCUUCCCUUCCCCCUCCGCACUCGACAGCCCUCUCCUCUCGUUCUAACAAUGGAGCCGUGGCUCGACGACUUAGCUGACGAUCUCCAGAGUCUGAGCUUCACCUCCACGGCCACCACCACAACCACCGCCGAGAUCCACCGGAGCACCAGCUCCAGCUCCGAGGCCACCUUCACUGUUGCCUCCUCCUCCCACGGCUCAUUCUCCUCCGUCGCCACCAAGUCCCACCGCCUCCUCCGUCCUCAGCUCUCCCUCUCCGACCUUCGCUUCCUCCACCGCCUCGGCUCAGGCGACAUCGGCUCCGUCUACCUCGCGGAGCUCAAGUGCUCCCCCGCCGCUCCACCUCUCCAGGCCUCCUCCAACGACUCCCAACCUCCUCCUCCUCCUCCUCCUGCGCCGCCGCUCGCGGCCAAGGUCAUGGACAAGCGGGAGCUCGCGAGUCGGAGCAAGGAAGGGAGGGCGAGGACGGAGAGGGAGAUCCUCGAGAUGCUGGACCACCCGUUCCUCCCGUCGCUCUACGCCAGCAUGGACUCCCCGAAGUGGCUCUGCCUACUGACCGAGUUCUGCCCCGGCGGCGACCUCCACGUCCUCCGGCAGCGCCAGCCGUUCAAGCGCUUCGAGGAAUCUGCAGUUAGGUUCUACGCUUCAGAGGUUGUGGUAGCACUAGAGUACCUCCACAUGAUGGGGAUCAUCUACCGCGAUCUGAAGCCCGAGAACGUGCUCGUCCGGUCGGACGGCCACAUCAUGCUCACUGACUUCGACCUCUCUUUAAAGUGCGACAGCUCCACGACCACGGCCCAGCUCAUCUCCCAUCAGUUCCCCCCGGCUGCGACCCCUAAGGCCAACCGUCCAGUUGACCCCCCACCCUUUGCCUCUUCCUCUUGUAUCCUCCCCAACUGCAUAGUCCCUGCAGUCUCGUGCUUCCAUCCGAAGCGCAGGAGGAAGAAGAAGCCUGGUCGGAGCAAUGGGCCCGAGUUUGUGGCCGAGCCUAUUGAUGUCCGGUCCAUGUCCUUUGUCGGGACCCACGAGUACCUCGCCCCGGAGAUCAUAUCAGGCGAGGGCCACGGGAGCGCGGUUGACUGGUGGACGCUGGGGAUCUUCAUGUUCGAGCUGUUCUACGGGGUCACACCCUUCAGGGGCCUGGACCACGAGAUGACCCUCGCCAACAUAGUUGCUAGGGCGCUGGAGUUCCCGAAAGAGCCCUCGGUCCCCACCCAUGCGAGGGACCUUAUAACACAGCUGCUGGCCAAGGACCCGGCCCGUCGGCUCGGGUCUACGAAGGGCGCAUCGGCGAUCAAGCACCACCCCUUCUUCCAAGGAGUCAACUGGGCAUUGCUGAGAUGUACCAACCCGCCAUACAUUCCCCCGCCAUUUAGUACAGAUGUUGCGUCGGAUGAUAGUUGUCCACAGACUCCUGUUGAUUACUACUAGUAAUACUAUGAAUAAAAUAUAGAUAUAUUAACCGGAUUACGCCCUUGUAUCUUGCAAUGACGAAAUGAAAAGGGGGGCGGUUAUGCAUUAGAGUAUGACUGGAUGAGUUUUCAUUAUCGAGUCGUAAGGCUAUCGCUAUCAGAGGAAAGAAAGGUUUGAUGUUGA